GUCCGAACACACACACACACACACACACACAGAGAGAGAGAGAGAGAGAGAGAGAGAGAGAGAGAACUGGGAAUCUGAUGGAUCGGGUAAAAGUUGUUCUGAUGGCAGAUUUAGAAUCAGAUUGAACCCUCGCCCAUCCUCCUUGCCAUGAGACUAUGGCUCCCAUGAGCGCUUAAUCUGUUGGACAGCUCACGAACUCCAGCUUUGUGCCCACCUGCGACGGCGGCGAGGAGGGUCAUGGGGGCCAGUCGCCCAUGCUAUUUUGCGACAUGCGAGGAGGGCCGACACCAGGCAAAGUCGCCGCAUGGGCAGGGUGGCAGCCAAGGAGAAGAUUGUCAUGGAGAUUGGAGAAAAAACGAACAGCAAUGGGGAACCCCGUGGGGCACGAAGCAGAAAUCUGAGAAGUGGAGAACAAAGUGGCGUGCCAUCGGGCGAUUUGAUGGGGACUCGGUUGGGGAAAUAAAUUGAAGUGGAGGUGAGCUCGAACCCUGGCGUAGUGGGCCUUUGGAAGAAAAUGAAGCGGUGUGUGCUGAAGAAACGAAGUGCGAAAACAAAAAGGGUCAACUAAUGCGUAGGCAAGGCUGAUUGAAUGAAACAAAAAAAAUUAAAGCUCACAUUGCUGACGUGGAGUGAUGAGACGGGUGGAAUUUGCUGAGAUAGCUAGAUGAUAAUGUGGAUGGGCUGCAUGUUGGGAGAAUAGGUAGAAGCGGGGAGCAACUUCUUAAGAAUGUUAGAUUAGUGGAAUAAAUGGAUAUGACACUACCUUAUAACUGUUGCUUGCUUGGGUAUUCAACCAUGCUUGCUCUGUUGCCUUUACUUUUGAUGUUACUCUAAGCAUCUAAAUUGGGUUUGCAUCUAUGGUUUUUAGUUCAAUGAACCUUUGUAUUGUAUAUCUGUGCAUAAAUCUACUAAUUUUGUUCAGAAAUCUACUUAUUUUGUUUUGUCGUAUUGAUUUAGAUGACUUGCUGGCAUUUGCUUUUGUUAUAAUGAAUAUCCCGAUGUAAACCUGGAUUAUAACUACGAAUGUGUUUGGUAUUUUUCCCAUGAAAUUCGAGGAGCAAGAACAGCUGUGCAGGCAUAUUAUUCCUCUGUUUGGGUUGAAUAGAUACUAGCAGCAUAAAUUAUAUGUUGUACACACCUAAGAGCCAUAUUAUUCUGCAUCUCAUGUGGGAGAUAAUAGGGAGUCGUGUGCAGCUGAGUGAGUGGUCGUUGAGAACCAAGUCAUGUACGUUAAAAAAAUCCUCUCUAUUUGAUUGACCCUAAAACAAUGUGGAGCCCAAAUAUUAUACAAUAUGACUAUUCAUCACUAAUGAUCCACGUGUACCUCCUAUUAUGCUCCUCUGAGCAAACACCUUCGUUAACACCUUUGUCCUGAAAUUGGGUAGUUCUAUGCCCUUGAUUUUCUCAUGCACGUGUAAAUUCUAUGCAAAUCAAUGUUUGGUCUUAUACGUCCUCGGUUUCCAAAAUGGUGUUAAUAAUGAGGAUAUGAUGAAUCAUCAUAAUAUUCCACAAACCAAGUUAUGCUUUCAAUUUUUAAAGUUGAAUUAUGUUAGUAUUUUUUUAUGUUAGUCAACACGUGCGUUGCACGUGCACGAUUACUAGUUUCAUCAAAAAACUAAAACUAGAUGCAAUUACAUACCUUUCCCUUUAGAAAGUACUUUGGCGUGGAGGGAUCACAUGCUGUGCUGGAUUCUUGGUCAAGCGAUGUUGAUAUGUACAGGCGACUUGUUCAAGCAUAGAUUGAUGAGAUGUAAUCAUGCAUGCUAUAUAUUAAUUUGAUCCUGCCGUCCCACAUACAUACGAAUGGGUAGCAGGCUGUCCUCCAGACAUAAACACGCGCUCUGCAGGCUGCCCACUUCACAAAGACUUGUUCCUACAGCCAAACAUGCAUAUCUAGACAUACAUAUAUGUAUGGCAAGAUCUCCCUAUAAAUACUAGCCUUCUUCACUCCUUAAACAUCGCACAGUUCAAGCAGUACAGCAAACCAAUUCCAAAGCUCUACUGCUUGCUAAUUUACUCUAGCGAGGAGAAAACAAAGAGACAUGGCCAUUCGAGUGUUGCUCCUUGCAGGAGCUCUCCUGGCCCUUGCAUGCUCGCAUGGCGCCACCGCCUCCGACCCCAGCCAUCUCCAGGACUUCUGCGUCGCUGACAAGACGUCUCCAGUGCGUGUCAACGGACUGGCUUGCAAGGCCGCGAAAGAGGUCGUCGUCGAGGACUUCUACUUCUCCGGCCUCCACGUGGCUGGCAACACCACGAACAAGCAGGGCUCGGCGGUGACCGCCGUCAACGUCGCGCAAAUCGGUGGACUGAACACCAUGGGUGUCUCCCUCGUCCGCAUUGACUAUGCACCGUUCGGCCUGAACCCUCCCCACACCCACCCACGUUCCACCGAGAUUUUGACUGUGCUAGAGGGAUGUCUGCACGUCGGGUUUGUGACCUCGAACCCCGAGAACAAGCACUUCGACAAGGUUCUCAACAAGGGAGAUGUGUUUGUGUUUCCUAAGGGCCUCAUCCAUUACCAAUACAAUAACAGGACUACCGGUGCGGUGGCUAUUGCGGCGCUGAGCAGCCAGAACCCUGGAGUGAUCACGAUAGCCAACGCGGUGUUUGGAGCCGAGCCUUCCAUCCCAGCCGGUAUUACUACCAAGGCCUUCCAGGUGGAGAAGAGCACGGUGGAUUGGAUCCAGGCACAGUUCUAAGUUUGUGUUCCCAUCGGUGUGUUGCCGAGUCAAUUGGUAUUGAUUGUGUUUAGAUUCAAAUUUGCAUUGCAUUACAUUCCUUCUAUAAUAUUGUAAGUCGAGGAUUGUGUCCUCAUUGGUUUGUGUUUUUUCCUGUUUAAAAAAUGUUGAUGUGUUGUGGCACACACCCCUAUUACUUAUUCUAAAAGUAAAUUGUUUUA